GAUUGUUUGAUGAACCUGAACCUUGGAAACCUUAUGAUCCUUCUAAUGAUCCGUAUGAGGAUUUCAAGAAAGAUUAUGCAGUGGCUGUAUUUAACUUAAGAACUUCUAUAAUGGCACUUAAGCAAGAUCUAAUGGUUCAAAAUUCUCUUAUAUUUCAAAACGCAAUCAGUGACAUCGCUAAUUCUACUAAUAAUGUGGAAGAGAUUACAAUAAAAUUCAUAUUAGAUAGUAAGAAGCCUUAUCCACUAGAUUACACUAAACCUACUUCAAUUCCUCAAAAUCCUCAACAAACUUACCCUUCUCCAACAACUUCGCCCUACGAACAUCCUAAACAUCAUAGACAACAUGCAGACCCCAAUCGAGCACCAACUCCAACCG